AUGAACCCGCUGCUGGGGCUUCUCCUCUUCCUGGCCACCCUCAUCUACUCCUACCUGGAGGCUUUGGUGAAGCUCUUUGUCCCCGUCAAGAGAAAGUCUGUCAGCGGAGAGCUCGUCCUCAUCACGGGCGCUGGCCAUGGCGUGGGGAGAGCCACUGCCCUCGAGUUCGCCAAGCGCCACAGCAGCCUGGUGCUGUGGGACAUCAACAAGCACGGCCUUGAGGACACGGCCACAGAAUGCAAAAGGCUGGGAGCUGCUGUUCAGACCUUCGUGGUGGAUUGCAGCAAAAGGGAGGAAAUCUACUGUGCUGCAGAGAAGGUGAAAAAGGAAAUUGGGGAUGUCUCCAUCCUGGUGAACAACGCUGGUGUGAUUACAGCUGCCGACCUGCUCUCCACUCAGGACCACCAGAUUGAAAGAAUGUUUGAAGUCAACAUUCUUGCUCACAUGUGGACCACAAGAGCUUUUCUGCCAGCCAUGAUGAACAACAACCACGGUCACAUUGUCACGGUGGCUUCAGCAGCAGGUCAUUUUGUGGUUUCUUUCAUGGUGGCUUAUUG